AUGUACGAUCUCGACACGGACACACGAUCUGGAAUGACAGCCAGGGAACGAAGCGUGCAGAUGAUAGUGGAAUAUCUCGGCCGGUAUGGAAUUGACGACCUGCGCAACAACAUCCGACGAGCUCUUGGGCUUCUGGCUUGGGCAGAACAGGAUAGUGUAAAAUGGCGACAGGGCUACCUCGAAAGCUUUGUUCACCUGGCUGGUGUCAUGACGCAGGAAAUUGAGGAUCAUCCAGAUUUCAAGCGACUGUCAGUAGUCACAAGGCGGAACCUUGGGUUGGCUGCCAAGACACUGCAGUUGCGCGUCAUGGAAGCCGAGGAGAAGCUGUCCACAUUUGAUUUUGGUGAUCUUUGGGAGGACAAGUUGAAGACCGCGAACAGCCCAGUCUACCAAAGCUAUCAAUCGUUUCGCCAGUUCCUUAUCGGGCAUUUCACACGCAUCUACGGUAACUGGCCGCCGAACUCCGACAAGACAUGGCUUAAUCGCAAGGUUGUAAAUGCCAUGCAAGAAGACUUUGGUUCGCUGUAUGAUUACUUCGUCGAUAGGGAGGUGAUAUGGAAUCCUCGAGAGGAGCGGGCCUCCCGUAAGUGGGAAAUGGCCCAUAGGAAGAACGACAGCUUCAAGGCAGACCUGCCAGAGCUGGGGAUGACAGAUAUGCUGGUCACCUACGAUGCGAAGAAUGGGUAUGCGCAUAUCCCGCAUCCGUACCCGUUACUUCCGAGAGAAGUGCCAAAGACAAGUAAAGACAAGGAGAAGAAAAGCUUCUUUUCGUCGUUGAAGAAGGACAAACCCAAGGAUGCUACGAAAGACGCGAAGGCACAGCUGCAGCUCUCCAUUAUCUUCAGCGAUGCAACGAACAUUGAGAAGCUAGAUGUCAACUUCAAUGGAUCCACACUUAUCGACAAGUUUGAACAGUUUGAGCUCACCACCGACCUGAAACACAUGUCACCACGCGAAGCCCGUCUCGGACGCUGGGUCCUCCUCUACGGCAUACUACAAGUCCUCUCAACCCUAUCAGUCGAUGUCCAGGGUCUCAGACACACCGACGGCGUCCGCUCCUUCCUCAACACCGAUCUAAAGCGCAUGCCCGAGUGGGUAAGCAACGGCCAGAUCGAGCACCUAGAAGCCCGUCAACAACGAUCCUGGUGCUGGCAGCGCGCCUGGGACCCCAUGCCCGCGCAGUCCGCACCCGUAGAACUCGAGGCCACAUCAACCAACGCGAACGAGCGUACGAACCACCAUGAUCACCAAGAAGCACGACGUGCAGAGAUAUCCGCGCAUAAUUUCCCCAGUCCACCGCCUCAACACGCUCUUCCGCCGCCGCCUCCGACUGCGGUUUCGCAUAAUCUUGACGGCGCAACGUUGAUGCAAAACGACAUUCGUCGGCUCGGCGAGAAGAUUAAUAACCUGUCUCUCUCGCACAACGCAGGCGUGCAUUUCAGGCAAGAAUUCGAACGGCGCCGCGAGAACGAAAAGGUUAUCCAGGAUGAAUUCCACGACCGCAAACCGCGAUUACAAGGCGAGACGUUCGGACCAAGGGCAGCUCGGGAUCAAGUCAACAACAACAACCACAUCACCAACAUCAACAGGAACGACACCUACUCCCCACCCCGCCUAGACUCCCUCGCCCUCCCCCCUCUCCCAAACUCCCACGCCAACACCCGCCCCCGCCCCCGUUCCCGCGACCGCGACCGCACCCACCCCUCCCAACGAAGCACAUCCCGCCUAGACGCCACAUUCCUCCUCACAGACUCCGACUACUCAACCCCCACCCACCACACCAACGACUUCAUCGACCGCCAACAAGCGUCCCUCCUACCACCACCCUUAUCCCUGCACACCAACUCACGCAGCCAUACAGCUAGUUUGACAACAGACAUAGGCCACUAUCCGUUUGGUGCAGUGGCCGGUUCCGCCGGGGUAUAG